AUUUUGGUAGCUUUUGUUAAGUUUUACUGAAUUCAGUGAUAAAUAUUAUAAAAUGAAACACAUAUUAUUGAUAUCGUUAUUAUAUUUAAUUGCAGAUAUUAAUGGCCAGACAUUCAAUGGGGCCAAUUGGGCAGUAUUAGUAGCAGGGUCGUAUACAUGGGAAAACUAUAGACAUCAGUCCGAUGUCUAUCACGCCUACCAAUUGAUUAAAAGUCGGGGCAUUCCUGACAGCAAUAUAAUUGUCAUGCAUUACGACGACAUUGCAUAUAAUGAUAAUAACCCGAACCCAGGAGUUGUUAUUAAUCAACCCAAUGGACCCAAUGUAUACCAAGGCGUGCCCAAACAUUAUACAGGAGCUGAUGUCACAUCGACGAACUUCUUGGGUGUUAUAAAAGGCGAUCAAACGUUGGCUCAAAGCGGGAAGAAAGUGCUGCAAAGCGGACCAAAUGAUAACGUUUUUAUAUACUUUGCAGAUCACGGCGGGCCUGAUAUAAUCGCGUUUCCACACGACUACCUGUACGGCGAGGACCUGAACGCUGCCCUUCAAUACAUGUAUAACAACCAAAUGUAUUCACAGCUUGUCUUUUACAUCGAAGCGUGUGAAUCGGGCUCAAUGUUUGAUCAAUUAUUGCCCAAUAAUAUCAACGUUUAUGCCAACACUGCGGCCGAUCCAACCCAAUCCAGUUAUUCGUGUUACUACGAUCAGAAUAUAAACAAUUACCUUGAUAUUAAUGGCCAGGCGUUUAAUGGAGUCAAUUGGGCAGUGUUGGUAGCAGGGUCAAAUACUUGGUCAAAUUAUAGGCAUCAGUCUGAUGUCUAUCACGCCUACCAAUUGGUUAAGAGUCGGGGCAUUCCUGACAGUCAUAUAAUUGUCAUGCAUUACGACGACAUCGCAUAUAAUGCUAAUAACCCGACCCCAGGAAAAAUUAUUAACAAACCCUUUGGUCCCGAUGUCUACGAAGGAGUGCCCAAACAUUAUACUGGAAUUGAUGUCACGCCUAAAAACUUCUUAAGUGUCAUAAAAGGCGAUCCAUUGCUGUCUCUGAGAGGGAAGAAAGUGCUGCAAAGCGGACCAAAUGAUAACGUGUUUAUAUACUUCGCAGAUCACGGCGGACCUGAUUUAAUCGCCUUUCCCAGUGGUUACUUAUACGCCGAGGACUUGAACGCCGCACUUCAAUACAUGCAUUUCAAACGAAAGUAUUCACAGCUUGUAUUUUACAUCGAAGCGUGUGAAUCGGGCUCAAUGUUUGAAAAACUUUUACCAAACAAUAUCAAUAUUUAUGCCAAUACUGCGGCAAAUUCAACGCAAUCUAGUUAUUCUUGUUAUUAUGAUAAUGAUCGAAAGACUUUCCUUGGUGAUUCAUUUAGCGUGAAUUGGCUGGAAAACAGCGAGUCUAGUAAUUUGGUCACCAUGACACUUCAGAAUCAGUAUCAAACUGUUCAGAAACUCACCACUGGUUCUCAAGUAAUGCAAUUUGGCUCAGGGCAAUCGUCCGGUCACGCUCUAAACGCGGUAAAUGACAUUGAUGCUGUGGAUGCCCAUGAUGCUCCCAUACAUGCCCUCAAUAAGACCAUUCAGAGCACUACUAAUAGUACUGAACGAGAAAUAUUAGUUAAAGAAUUAGAGAUCUACCUAGUGGCCCGUGAGUUUCUAAUAAUGCACCUUGUUAAAAUCGUUACUGAAGUUAAAGACUUGUUGGAAUUGGAAGUUAUCGAUGAUAUUAUGCACAACAAACAGACCCUAAGCCCUAAUAACACGGGCUGUUAUCGCACUCUUGUCGACGGUUUCCAUGAAAACUGUUUUGAUUUGAAUGAAAAUCCGUAUGUUUUCGCUAAACUGCAUGUUUUGGUGAAUAUAUGCGAACUGAAGCCAGAGUUGGCUGAAAAAGGGUUCUAUGGGUCCAAUUGGGCAGUGUUGGUAGCAGGGUCAAAUGGUUGGGAAAACUAUAGGCAUCAGUCCGAUGUCUAUCACGCCUACCAAUUGGUUAAGAGUCGGGGCAUUCCUGACAGCAAUAUAAUUGUCAUGCAUUACGACGACAUCGCAUACAAUGUGAAUAACACAAACCCGGGAGUUGUCAUUAACGAACCCAAUGGACCCGAUGUAUACCAAGGAGUGCCCAAACAUUAUACGGGAAGUGAUGUCACAUCAGAAAAUUUCUUAAGCGUUAUAAAAGGCGAUCAAACUUUGGCUGAAAGUGGGAAAAAAGUGCUUCAAAGCGGACCAAAUGAUAACGUGUUUAUAUACUUUGCAGAUCACGGCGGACCUGAUUUAAUUGCGUUCCCUAACGAUUAUUUAUACGCCAAUGACCUGAACGCCGCACUUCAAUACAUGGACGACAACCAAAUGUAUUCACAGCUCGUGUUUUACAUCGAAGCGUGUGAAUCGGGUUCAAUGUUUAAUCAAUUAUUGUCUAACAAAAUAAACAUUUACGCCAACACUGCGGCCAAUUCAACUCAAUCAAGUUAUUCGUGUUAUUACGAUGAUAAUUUAAAAACUUACCUUGCUGAUAGAUUUAGUGCAAGUUGGAUGCAAAAUAGUAAACUGGCCACGGUCACACUUCAUCAACAGUAUGAAACAGUUAAGAAUGACACGACUCACUCUCAUGUAAUGCAAUUUGGUAAUAAAAGAUUAUCAACCAAUUUCAUUGUUCUUGGGUUAGUAUUGAGUUGCGAAUCAAUUCUCAAAUUAACCCAGCUUGUUUUGCAACAAAUAGGCUCAGCCCAACCGUACACUCAAUCAUACCAACCGUCCAAUUUUGCAUUAAAUGAUCUUGAUGCUGUCGAUUCACGUGAUGUGCACAUACAUAUUCUCGAACGUAAAAUUCAGAUGACCACUGAUAGCGCUGAACGGGAAAUAUUGUCUGAAAAAUUGAAGAUGCUACUUGAUGCCCGAAAUGUGCUAAUAUCUCAUUUCGCUAAAAUUAUUGAUGAAGUGAAAGACUUGUUGGAAUUGGAGGCCAACAACGAUGACAUUUUGAAUAUUAAACAGAACUUACAUCCAAAUAACAUGCAAUGUUAUCGCACUCUUGUGGACGGUUUCCAUCAACAUUGUUUUAAUCUACAUGAAAAUCCGUAUGUUUUCGCUAAACUCCAUAUGAAGUGCUUAUUAUUGCUGUCUCUUCUAUGUGUGGCCAUUAAUGCCAUAGAAUUUGAGCCUAAUGUUAACGGUACAACUUGGGUUGUAUUAGUAGCUGGGUCAAAUGGCUGGUAUAAUUAUAGGCAUCAGGCCGAUGUAUAUCAUGCCUAUCAAGUGGUCCGAAACCACGGAAUCGACGAGAAAAACAUA